UCGAACGCAACGGUACACGAACGGACGCGUCCUACACACACACACGCACACAACACACACUGGCAGGACAACAACAGAGUGUGUCCCGAUAACAGAGCCCAAACAAACACCUAACUGCAGUUCAAUUUAAUAAAAAAAAACAAACACAUUUUUUUAAAGUUUAGCGUUGACUUAAAGUGGCAAAAAACUCCCUUCUUAACAGUAACAACAAAUAACAAAUAAGAAGCAGUGCUAAAAGUACCGAAACUCAGCAGCCGCAUUUUGAAGUUACGUCAAAAGGAGUCGAGAAGAAGGGAGAGAGAGAGAGGGCCGAAAAAGCAAACAACAACAGCAACAAUAGAGCAAAGCACGCGAUAAACGAAUCACGAGCAACUGUAAAUGCGAAAGGAGAAAGCAGACGCUGGAAAGGAAGCAGUGAAAGGGAAUUUGUUUUUGGCGCGUCGUCGUCGCCGUUAGCUUUUGUUUUUGUUUUUCCGUUUCUGUUGUUUUUGUUUUUCUUUGUUGAUUGCUUUGCAGCCGGCGAAGGGUGCCAAAGCGGAGACUGAUAAAGCGCGGAGGCGGCGCAGGCGAGGAGGAGCAGGGAGCAGCGAGCAGGAGGAACACCCAGGCUUAUGUAAAGCGUAAUAUGGAAGCAUGUCGUCCACUUCCAGCUCCGUGCUAACGUUGUCAUCGUUUAAUCUAUUAUUUUUCACCCAAGUGCUCACUGUACUCAGUUCGACGAUCAAGUACAACGAAUACGCCACGGACAAGGGCAACAAUGUGAGCAUACCUUGCAUAGCCCAGGGCAACAUCAUGUGGGUGAAAGAGCACGGCAACAACAGCACAAUAGUUCAGACUGGUCGUGUCUUGGUUCUGCGCAAUGUAAGCCCCUCGGAUGGUGGCAUCUACGUGUGCUUCGCCUCGCUGCCCCGGAUAUCGUCAACAGCAGCCGCCACACCUACAACUGCAAUUGCAGCUGCGAGCAAUCCAGCGACAUCAGCAACUACCUCACCACAGCAAGCCCAGGAUCGGCCCGCGGAGGAUGAGGGGACAGGGGAAUCCCCCAAGGACUCGGAGCAGGCCGAACAGGAGGAAGUGGAAUAUCUGGCUUAUCAGCGGACUAAGCUCACCGUUCGCACGGUGCCUGGCCCGGUGACACAACUGUACUUCAAGGCCUCCACCAUUUUGGGCUUUCUCAUCUGGCGCUUCAACAAGACACAAUCCGGUGGCUAUCCCGUGCGCAGCUUCACGGCCGAGUUUCGGAAUGUUUCGUACAGCACGCCGCCGGCGAAUGCAAGCUUCGAGCACGCUUGGAGCCGGAUGGAUCCCAUCAACAUAGCCCCCAAUGUGCGCCAAAUGGAGGUCUAUCGCCUGGCACCAAACACCACCUAUGAGUUUCGGAUAUGGGCCAACAACGAGCUGGGCAGCGGCGAGGUGGUCACCACCAAUGUGACCACUCUGCCGGAAACCAAGGAGGAGGAUCUCAUACGCCUUAUAAAACCCGACUUAGACAAUUUCGAUCCACGCAUUUGGAUAGUGGCCGUCAGCAUAGUGCUCGGGACCCUUGUGAUAUUAGCGAUUGGACUCUGCAUUGUGCUCUCCAAGGAGUGCUAUCAGUCAGCGCAAAUGGAACUGCAAGAUGGUUGGGACAGCAUUGAGCUUAUACCGAAUAUAAUACUUAAUCCCGGUUUCAGCGAGUCGGAUGGGGGUGCUGGUGGCGACGAGGCGGGCGAGGAUGCCGACGACGAGGAGCUGGACGAUGGCGAGGGUGAGGACAAUGUGCCCUUGUCCUUUCCGCGCACCAUUAUUUUCGGUACUCAGCACCAUCGCCAGCCUCGCUCGCAUCUUCAUCCCCAGCAGCAGCAGCAGCAGCAGCAGCCGCGUCAGCAGCAGCAACAACAGCAGCCACGACAGCAGCAUCUUCACCAUCACCUGCAGCCCUUCCACCUGCAGGUUCAGAGCCAUCACCAUCAUCACCAUAGGCGCCAUGAUGAUGACGACGACGAGGACUAUGAGGAGGAGCAUGAGCCCACCAUGGAGCGGUUCAAGCGCAAGGUCUCGGUCUUCUUCACCGGCCCCACCAUCAAGCGCAUUUGAGAGUACAAACACUGGACACACCUAGGUUGUUGUUGAUGGGACAACAUGGAGCUUAUAGAUCAACGCUACUAAGUUUUUCCUUCGGUUUCCGGUCCGUUACUGCGCUUGGAGAAAUGAAACUUACCCAAAGGCCUAGUAAUAACAAGAUGCAUAACGUUUAUAUAUUUCUGAAAGCGUUAAAUUUAUGCGACCGUUACUCAUCUUGUUACUAUACACAUUUUUCCGUAUUAGUUUCCCGAAAUUCCCCAAGAAGCUAUAAAACUAUACCCUACCAAUAGUUCUUAUGACAGCUUUCGAUAGUUUUUUGGGCCAUAUUAGCCUCAGCAAAAGGUUGCCAACCCUCUAUGAUUUAUUGCUCAUCUCGUUGCUUCUCCCAGAUCACAAACUACAUAUAAAUGUGGUAUAUAUACACGUAUUAUAAAUAUUAACAAAAACAAAUAUAUUGCUGUGAUACAAAUUCAAUUGAACGGACAUUGUAAGGAUUUACCAUAAAGGACACACCACUCGAGUUAUUAUCUAACCAUCAAGAACUUGCUGAAGACGAGGACGAGGACGAAGAGAAUUCAAUUGAAUUAUUGCCUAGCUAAAAAACAAAAAACGCUAUCUGAGUUACAGCAAUUGGAUUACUCAGAUCCAGAUAUAGACGACAGACAGAGUAUAGCGGAAAAGUUUGCUUAGAGCCACAAUUGCAGCAGAACAUGCAGCGAGGUCUGUUACUGAAGAAGAAACCCCAAGAAAAUACUUCACUUUGUCCGUAUAUAUCAAUGAAACUCUAUAAAUUGAAAUCAGAAAAUGAUAUAUUAACUUCCGUAACGGACCUCCCAUAGCCCAGAACCUCGGCUAUAGCGUUCCAACUUGUUUUGAUUUCGGUUCAGUUGAAAGGAAUUAACAAACUGUGAAACAAUUUUAUAAUUGAGCAAAUAUUUUGCACUGUAGAGCGCACCAAACGAUCUAUAUAUAUACAUACUAUAUAUAAAUAUAUAUAUUAAAAUAUACUUGAAACCAAAACAAAGUUUG